UAAAAGCAAAAUAUGAGACACCUUAUUAUUAUGACAAUAAUAUUGAACUUUUUCUUCUUCUGCUUUAGAUUUGCAUUGCUAUAUCAAUUGAUCAAAAUAAAUCACAUUUAAUCAAUAUCUUUUGGUUUAUAUAAGACCGAUUUCAUAUCACGCUUAGUUUCUUUUUCCACUAGUGUAUCAUUAAACUUCCUUGUUGAGAAAUUAUCACGCAAAGCACUAUGGGAUAUGUAUAUAGUAGUCAAGGGGAUAACAUGGCUUGAGAUCUUGACAUGAAAAUUUAAAUCUUGUUGGAAAUUGUGACAUAUUGCACGGAAUACUUAAACUUUUUGGUUUAAAAUGGCUUCAAAGCACACAAAGUCCUUCAAAGACUCAAUGUCAAUGGCAUCUGAUUUGAUCCAUGACUUUGUCUGCUCUCCGUGUCAUGAGGACAAGCUUAAUACUGAGGCCAAGUAUUUCUGUGGGGACUGCUCAAAGUACUUUUGUGACAAAUGCCUGACAUUUCACUCCAAACUCUUCAAACAGCAUGUUGUGUUGGGCCGUAAGGAUGUGGACAAGUGGGUGGGGCAGGGUGACGCCCUCAUUUCAUGUGACUUUCACCCUGGUAAGGUCAUUGAACUUCUGUGUGAGGACCAUGCUGAGAUGUGCUGCCACCUCUGUGUGUCCUUGAAUCACAGGAUGUGCAGAACCAUCAGCUUGAUCUCAGACCUGGCUAAGGGUGUAUACAAGAUGACCGAUUUCAAGCAGCUUCCCUCCAAGGUUGCUAAGAUAACUACAAGUCUGAACCAGGUUAGAGAGGUCAGAAAGAAGAACCAAGGCUCAUUAAAGACUUCUGGCAAGUCCAUGCUGACAAAGAUCAAGGACUUAAGGAAGUCACUCAACCAGCUGCUAGAUGAACUGGAGAAGAGGACAGUGAAACAGAUGGACAGCGUCCUGGCUAACCUGGAUGACACACUACAGAAGGACAUUGACUCCUGCACACUCAUACAUGACCAGCUCAAUGCCUUGAUGGACACCAUCCAAUCCCAGGGCAAGGAAGAUGAGUCAAGCUCCUACAUUGGCUUCAGGAAGUCUGAAGAGAAGAUGGCAGAAGCCAACAGCCUGCUCCAGGAGAUGUCCACAAAACCUGAAUUGACCGCCACUUUCCAGCCUGAUACCAGAGUAACACAACUGCUGUCUGAUAUGCAUUCAUUAGGCAAGCUCCAAGGUAAUCAGGAAACACUGACAGGCCAUCAAAUGUCUGACAUGAAGUCUUCUGAGCAGAUCAGGCCAUUGCAUGAUAUAUCAAGGGUUUACACAGUUAAAAACAAAUCAAACUUCUAUGUGAAAAUCAAGCAAGAUACAGAUACAUGUAAUAUAUAUGGUAUUACAGAACUUCCAUCAGGAGAGAUUAUUCUUGUAGAUAACAGAAAUAACAGACUGAAAAUAUUGAACAGGGAGUAUAAGGUAAUAGCCCAAUAUGAUUUCCCUCAACAGCCCGUGGACAUCUGUCAUGUGACUGGUAAUCAGGUGGCUGUAGCAGUAGACUGUGUUAAUCCUGUCAGGCAUGAGGUCCACUUUCUCACUGUGAAAGCUGGCACCAUCAAGAUGACCAGGAAGUUCUCAGUUGAUCAUGUCUGCAUGUCCAUCAGGCACCAUGGGAACCAGCUGUAUGUGGGCUCCUAUACAGCCCUGUACCUCUACACCACUGACGGCAAGCUAGUCAAGAAAAUGUAUGAAGACACAUCAGAAGGGUGGACAGUGGCUCAAUUUGCUAUAAACCAAGAUGGCAAGAGGAUAUACAUCUGUGACACUACAAAUAACAAGAUCAUUACAAUUGACAACAAUGGCAGAAUUCUAGCCACACUGCAGGAUCCAGACAUUGUAAGGCCAUAUGGUGUACAUGUGAGUGAGGGUGGACAUGUGUUUGUGAGUUCAUGGUUCUCCAACACAGUGGUGCAGAUUGACCAGGAAGGCAGGAAGAAGCUGGCCACACUGGUCAGGAUGAGAGAGGGAAUCAACCAUCCACAGGCAGUUUGGUACAGCACCCACACUGGCAGACUGAUUGUGGGUGGAGAGGAAAAUGACAUUCUGGUGAUGGAACUCCAGUAGAGAGACAGUCAGAAAGUCAACAAUAGUUGUAAAAGGUUAAUGAAGUGAUGGAAGGAAAACAUUGAGAGAGACAGAACAUCAGAUGCAAACCAGUAAUAUUACAUAUUGUAACAGUAACUACUUGAAUGUGUAAAUCAUAUUUUAACUGUGUGUAAAUUAAUUCAUAAUAAUCUGUAUGCUAAUCUAGAUUUUACUUAUUAGACUUUCAAAAUAUAUUGAUAAACCAGAAAACCCCCCAGAAAUAGUGUAAAUUUAACAAGUAUGUGUGUUUGUUUAUAUUUGAUACUUGAUAUCUGUAUUUGUUAAAACUUUUUUAAAUUUACAUUUGUAUCAUGCAAAACCUCAUGAAAUGAUUCAAUAUAAUCAAAAAUCAAAUAGCACAAUUUAGUAUCAUCAAAAACAAAUAUUCUAAUUUAGUAUCAUCAAAAACAAGUUAUGUUAGUUGAUGUAUACAUUAUUAUCAUUUAAAUUUCAUAACUGUUGAAAUACAGUACAUUGUAAGAACUUUUUUAAUUUACAUCUGUUUAUUGCACUCAUUGUCUCAUGAAAUGAUUUAAUAUCAUCAAAAACAAAUAAAGUGAUUAACGGUAGUAUCACCAAAAGAAAUAUCCUGAUCUAGUAUCCUAAAAAACAAAUUGUGUUGGUUGCUGGUUAUUAAUUUCUUUACUGUUAUAAAUACAAGUAUUUAAUAUUUUAUACAAUAAUAGAUUGGUUUUAAAAUGUAUAUUAUUAGUUUUAGUGACCCUUGAAAAUUACAUUGACCCAGAAUUAGGCCACACUGUUAAUUGUCACCUUUAUAGUC